CGAAGGUGCAGAGAAACAGCGGGGAGAGGAGCUGCGGGAGAAGCCUGGAUUCGAUUGGAGAAAGUUUACUUCUGCCCAAAACGCUCCAUGGUGAAUCACCUACUCAUAAAAACCCCCAGAUUAAAUUGUAAGCACUGAGAGAGCUCAAGAUCUGCGUUAAGACACGUUGGGAACUCAUUGCAAGCCAGCAGGAGAAACGUGACAAACAUCUGCACUGUAUGAAACCAGUUAAAUGUCUGCUCACAUGUUUCGCUGGACUCUUUUCAUCAUGAGCUCUUUUGAAGACGCCGAGACGGAAGAAACGGUGACGUGCCUCCACAUGACCUUUUACCACCCUUGCCAAGAGGAGAAGAUGAUGUUCCGCUGCCUGAACUUCUGCAAGCGAGAGCAGGUCAGGGCGGACGACACGGCCAAGUUCGGCCGCGAUUCCAACGUCUGCCGUUACAACCUGAUGGACGCCCGUGUCUCCCGGAUCCAGUUUUCCCUGCAGUUCUACAGGAAGCUCCACAGCUCCCAAUACUGCUUCGAGAUCAAGAACUUGAGCAAGAGGACAAAACUGACCGUGAACCAGACGGAACUGGGCUACCUGAACAAAAUCGACCUGCCCUGGAGGUGCAUCAUUUCUUUUGGGGACUACCAGAUCUUGGCAGAGAUCCAAGAAGGGGAGUCCGUGGAUUAUUUUGAGACUCACCUGCACUUGGCCGAAGCGCCAAUCUUACAGGAAAGAUCCCUGCCAUCCCUGCAGCCGACACCCGAGAGUGGCAUUUCUUCUUCCAUUUUUCUUUGCCAAGACAAAAGCCCCACAGAGAUGGAUGAAAACGAGCCGUGCUAGCAGGGAGGAGGAGGCUGGAUCAGAUUUUGCAGCCUGCACAGCUUCCAGCACGGAAGGCUGUCACCUCAGUCCAGUGGUUCUUGGUGGUUCUCACCCCUGCACAUCAGUCUUACUUGGUGUUUUCAGCACGGGCAUUCCAGAACGUGCUUUGUUCCAGACAAGAACAGAUUCUUGGCAGUGCUUUCACAGGGGCAGAAGUGCUCUCUGAUCAUCAGUUUGCCUGUGGGAGACAGGGGGCCACUCAAAUCCAUGGCAGCAGGUUCCAUUCCAGAACUGUGACCACGUGCCUUGAGGGGAUGUUUAACAGGCAUUAUUAACACAGAGCAUGCACAACAUGGUUUUGGUCCCAGCUAAGGAGGGACAUAAUUCCUCACUGCAUUUGUUGUACUUUGUGCUUUGCUUUUGACAUGGAAUUCCAAACAGUAUUUGCAAGCCUAGGUUGUAACUUCAUGAAUUUUGCAACCAGGAAACAUUUUGUCAGCAAAGUCCUUUUGAGUUUAUGUUUUUAUUAACUUCACAGCAAGAUUUUUUCCUCUCUUGUUUUUUAAAAUGAAAUCAAAUCUGUGUUUCUUGCAAGUUAACUGCUUUUGCUUGUGAUAUAAACAAACAUGCAGCGUCAGUGAUCACAGUACAUAAAAACCCAGAUAAAUUUCUUAAUAAAAAGCAUUUGGUUGCCUAGUAAGGAUUUGCUGUAUUUUACAACUAUGAUCUAAAAGGAAUUUAUGGGGAGUAAAAUUAUUUCCACGUAAGAAAUUUUCACUGGCACUGUUC